AUGCUGUUCAAAGGAUUUGGCCUUGGGCUCUUCAUAGUCCUGGCUGCUGUCCUGAUGCUGGGCACCUUCGCUGCUGACUAUGAAACCUUCGUGAAGCACCACUGCGAUAACCCGAAGAGCAAUGUGGGGGAUCAUUACUGUAAUAAAAUGAUGCAAAGAUGUGGAAUGACCAGCCCCAAAUGUAAGGAGGUGAACAUCUUCAUUCAUGCCCCAAAGAAAAAAAUCAUUGAUGUCUGCGGGGAUGGCAGAGAAGCCAUUAACAACAGAUUGCGGCGUAGCAAGAACCGGGUCACCACCUGCACGAUGAAAGGCUCAUCCACCAAACCUCCUUGUGAUUACAGGGGAAACACUUCACCCAGAUAUAUUGUCAUUGCUUGUGAGAAUGGAUUGCCUGUGCACUACGAGGAAGGUCAGAAUUUAACAGUACUUGAAGAUAAUAUGAAUUGA